UAUUUCAGAAAAGUUGGUUUGCAAUAUCGCUGAUUCUCAAAUUUAAUUAUAAUUUCAUAAUUAUGAGGUUCCCAUCCUAUUUGAUUAUAUGGCUGGAUUUUAGCCGAUGACCGUUCGAAAGCCAUACGAAUCAUCCCAGCAAGCUGUCGAUUAGUCUCGGCAAGCUUAGUCAAAUGGUACCACUCUCCCAUAUAGGAAAAUUAGCCGAGAUGUGUCCCCGAAACUUGAAAAACCAUAGUGAGUGGGGGGGGGGCAAACUCAUUCUUGGAUAAUAAAAUAACUAAAGUAUAUCCACUUAUGCUUUUUUAAAUCUUAUAUUAUUAAGCUAACUCGUACAAAAAAACAAUGAAUUUUAAUAUUCUGACAGCUGUUUUCAUCCUCUCAGCACUUGUUGUAACUUUGCUUGGUCAUUGUACCGAAGCGAGCUGUGGGGGUUGCUGCGUCACUUGUGGUGUUGUUCCAGCACCAGCUUUGCCACCUGUACCGGCUCCAGCUCCAGUUCCUGUGCCCGCUCCAGUCACCUACACAGUGCAAGUGCCAGUCCCUGUACCGGCACCGGUCAGCUAUGUGCCAAGUUGUGGAUUUGGGGGAUGCGGUGGCUGUUAUGGCUGUGGCGGGUGUGGAGGCUAUGGAUAUGGUUGUGGCAAGAAAUGA